AUUGCCUCCUUUGGAAUGUUUGGCAAGCCCUGAUCUUCAGAACAGGGCAGCGCUCAGCUCCCAGACCUGCACUGUGAUCCAUCCAUCCUGCAGAGAACUGGCUCUGCUUCUUGACAAGUGCCAUUUGACACCUGGAGGGUUAUGGUGGCAUUCACUCAAACCGUAUCUGGACAAGGAAGAAAUGGCAAACUUCGGGCAUGCACAGUGUUCUCUCCACACCUUUAUGUCAGGCCACUUCUGUGCUAGGGUCUGCCAGCUCAACACUCAUUAUCUACAUAAAGGAGAGUGCAUUCUCUGUUCUCAAGAUCAUCUUCACGAAAAUAUCCAUGGGAUGUCUGCUAAAGAAACAAGAGGGACUAACAGAGAGAAAAGUGAGGAUAUGGCAUCUGAGGCAUUGAUACGUCUGCUGGUUCCUCUCACCUGCUGGAUGAAGGCACCUCCUUCAUCUCCCCUACACUGUCUCACCUUGGAAGUGCUGGAGGUCCCAUGUGCAGCAUCGAAGAGAAAGAAGAGCCUCUUGAACAUGGAUGUUUUUCUUCAGAAAUUACUUGAUUAUUUUGAUAUUUAUAAAGGUACCUUAAAAACUUAUAUUAAAAAGAAAAAAAGUGAUCAUGUUUUUAACUCUUUGUAUCAGUCAGUACUGCAGUUUAGUACUUUAGGACUUGCCCUUCUUAUCUCUGAACAUGUCUCACCAGUGUUAUUGCAACCUGCGAGUAGUAAAAUUACAGAAGAAGGUAAGGUGAGAUUCCAAGCCUUUCUGGACUUUGAUAGGAAAUACCAUGUAAACAUUUACUGUUACGUGUUUGUCCCAUUUGUCACUACUUUACUGUCAGUAUUUUCGCUAUAAUGGAUAUGCACCAUCCCAAAGGAAGGUGUUCUAGAAUCAACUUGAUAGACUUACUGUGUCUCCUGUAUGCUUGUUUCUUUUCUAAUUACACACUUAUUUAUAAAAAUG